AGUAGUACCAUCCAUGCAAAGCGGUAACAGCCUUCUCAGUGAAUGGACAACAUGUUGUCACAUUAUGGACAAGGCUACUACCGCCGCUGCAGCUCGAUGUGGGGGGCAUUAGACGUACUAAAACCCCCCUAAGGGCGCUCAUCCACCAACUUUAAUCCCCAAUUUUACUUGCUCCAACCGACCCGCUAACAGCUACGUACCUUAUUUUCUUUUUAAACUUAGAUGAGACCCGUCCGUUUCUGAGCACCUCCCUGGUCGACAUCAAGGGAUAAUGUCCUCCCAAAGAGGGAAUACCCAACGGGGGCGGGGCAGAGGAGGCGAUCGUGGUAGUAGAGGACAAGGCGAGAGAGGUGCCAGCCGUGGCGGUCGCGGAUCCACCACAGAGCUACCCAUCCGUCAGGGUCCGCCUGGGGGAGAUUUUAGAGGUCGUGGUCGUGGAGGAGAUCGAGGACGUGGAGCAGAUCGAGGACGUGGAGCAGACCGAGGACGUGGAGCAGAUCGAGGACGUGGAGCAGAUCGGGGACGGGGGGGAGGAGAUAGAGGACGUGGUUCGUUUAGAGGGGGCCGUGACCAAGGCCCCAGGAUAUACACGAGUCCUGGAGGACAGGUCCCUCCCCCAAGUCCUCAGGUCACCAAGACUGAGGAUACCUUGGCCGCAGCUCUAGCAGUGAAGAAAACCACACCAACCGAGUACCCUCAGCGACCCGGCUAUGGUACUCGGGGUCGGCCAGUGACGCUGUAUGCCAAUUAUCUUGACUUGAAGUCGUCUAGCGCGCAACUGUUCCGCUACCGUGUUGAGAUCUCGCCUGAUUCAGCGACCAGGAAGGCCCCAACAGGCAAGAAAGCCCAGCAGAUCAUUAAACUCCUGAUUGAGCAGAAUUUCCCCGAGUUGGGUAAGAAUAUUGUUACAGAUUACAAGUCUACUUUGAUCACCAACCUCAAGAUCCUCAAUAAUGAAGAGACGUAUCAGUACGAUGUUCGUUAUCGCGGCGAGCAUGAUGACGAGUAUCCUGAGAAUGCAAAGGUCUACCGAGUUACGUGCCAGUUCACAGGAGGACUCGACCCUGCUGAGCUUCUAGCUUACUUAACCUCGACCAAUCCUGAUGACCAGUUUGGCUCUAAGGCGGAAGUGCUCCAAGCGAUGAAUAUCAUCCUAGGAAACCACCCGAAAAUACAGGAUUGGAUUGCUUCCGUUGGUGCGAACAAGCAUUAUGCCAUACGUGGGGACUUGUGUGAGAAAUGGGACCUCGGUGCUGGGCUUGAAGCCCUUCGGGGAUUUUUCAUUAGUGUUCGUGCAGCUACUGCUCGCCUUUUGCUCAACGUUCAAGUCAAGUACAUCGCCUGUUACCAGGAAGGACCGCUGAGCCAUGUGAUAAAAGAGUAUCAACGCGGAUACCGUGACAUCAACAGCCUCAGGAGGUUUUUGGUGAAGCUGAAAGUCAGAGUAACACAUAUUCAGAGAAAGAACAAACGAGGAGAGAUCGUUCCAAGAAUAAAAACAAUCGCCGGUCUAGCGACCACCAAUGAUGGUGUUUCGCAGGCGAGCCCUCCGAGGGUAGCCAGACACGGUGCGGGACCAAAGGAAGUAGAAUUCUUCCUAGAAGCUCCUGGCCAGCAGCCCUCCCAGAGCGCAUCUAGCGGCGCCAAAGGCAAGAAGGGCAAGAAACCUGCGAAGGCAGGCCCUGCACAGGCCGGCAGGUACAUCAGCGUAGCCGACUUCUUUCGCCAGUAUUACGGUACAAUGACAGAUCCUAACAUGCCUGUGAUCAAUGUUGGAACAACAGAGAAUCCAAGCUACUUGCCUGUCGAAGUCUGUGAGGUUGAGCCAGGUCAGCCUGCAAAAGCAAAGCUCUCCCCACACCAGACUAGAAACAUGCUGAACUUUGCCGUCCGCGUUCCCCCGGAGAAUGCUACAUCUAUAGUCACGACAGGUACUCGGCUGCUUGGUCUCUCUCCCCAGAGUCCUACUCAUGAGAACUUCGGCAUACAGCCAGACUGUAGCCUCAUUACUGUCCCAGGUCGGGUGCUCCCAGUACCGAAUGUCUACUACAAGGAUGCGUCAGGACAGUCGCAAAAAACCGUGCCAGUGAAGCCGCAGUUCGGCAGCUGGAACAUGAGAUCGAUCAGGUUUUCAACGUCGACCAACCUCUCAGCCUGGACUUGGCUCGUGGUAAACGUCGAUGGGCCCAAGCCACCCUUCACUCACCCGGAGGAACUCGACAAGGCCCUGAGAGGAUUCACAGCCAACCUGAACGAGAUGGGCGUUGCAGCACAGCGAGCCAUGGAAGGUGAAACCAUAACUGUUAACAAAAACAAUUUUGAGUCCGAAAUCACGGCAGCAGUGGGGCGACUCAUGAACAAGAAGCCCACCUUGAUCCUCUCGAUCCUACCAUUCAGCGAUGCGGAUUAUUACAACUGCAUCAAGAGAGCAUGCGACUUGACGUACGGUGUGCGGAACAUCAACGUCCUAGCUGAAAAAUUCCGAGGGGCAAGCCCCCAGUACUUCGCGAACGUCGGACUAAAAGUCAACCUGAAGCUAGGCGGUGCCAACCAAGUCCUGGAUCCAAAAGAACUAGGCCUCAUCGGACAAGGCAAAACAAUGCUCGUCGGAAUGGACGUCACUCACCCAUCCCCCGGAUCAUCCGCGAACGCCCCCAGCGUCGCAGGCAUGGUGGCCUCCGUCGACGCAAGUCUAAGCCAAUGGCCCGCGGAAAUCAGAGUACAGAGAUCGCGCGAGGAAAUGAUCCAAGACCUGAGCGACAUGCUGAAAGCCCACCUCAAGCGCUGGGCCCGCUCCCACAAAAACGCUUACCCAGACAAUAUCAUCGUGUAUAGAGAUGGCGUAUCGGAAGGCCAGUACGAGCUGGUUGUCCAAAAGGAGCUCCCGCUCCUCAAGAAUGCCUGCAAAGAGACCUACCCAGUCACCGCAACAAAGCAAGGUCUCCCGCACAUCGCCAUCGCCAUCGUCGGCAAACGCCACAACACCCGCUUCUACCCAACUAAGGAAGGAGACGCAGACCGCUCGAGCAACCCCAGCAACGGCACCAUCGUCGACCGCGGCGUCACCGAGGCCCGCAACUGGGACUUCUAUCUCCAGGCUCACACGGCGCUAAAGGGCACCGCUCGUCCCGCCCACUACUUCACGGUCUGGGAUGAGAUCUUCUGCCGACAGCGACCUAGCCCCCCGUACCAGAACUCCGCGGAUAUUCUAGAGGCUCUAACACAUCAUAUGUGCUAUCUCUUCGGUAGAGCUACCAAGGCUGUCAGCAUCUGUCCGCCGGCGUACUAUGCGGAUCUGGUCUGUACUCGGGCGCGUUGCUACCUCAGCAGUGCUUUUGAACCUUCUCCGGCGGGAAGCGUGGCCACGGGUAGUGGGCCAGGCCUAAAGGUCGGAAAUGCGGAUGUGCAAAUCCAUCCUCGUGUUCAGGACACCAUGUUUUACAUAUAGUUCAGUGUGGUUGGAUAAACUGCAAAAUAAUGACCAUCUACUACUGUGAGAAGUUGGAAUGGUUAAACUGCAAUUGGAAGCGAUGUUAAAACCACAUGAUCUGGAUAUCUUUGUUUCAGGCUUACAUCCAUAUGACAUGCUAUUCUUUUGUUGAAUAUAUAAGCGUGUAAUCAAAUUGAUAGCGUUAACGUCUCAUUAUCGAAUAUAUCUUUAUGAAUAGUACACAAUCCAGAUUGUCAUACUGGGUAACAUAUCAAGCUAGCUA